AUGCGGUCCAUAGCACAAGAAGCAAAAAGGCUACUUGUGUUUGGGCCCCAGGCUCUCUCUGCCCGUGGAAGCGACUUCCGCUCACUGCAACUUACAGUAAAACAGCUGUCAUGGAUCGCGGAUACUAUCACAGAUCUUCCGAGUAUCUGGAAAGAUUUUGUGAAAGAAUUUCCGAAGUACGGCGUGAUUCUAGGCGAAGAUCUACUGCGACAUCUGAUCGAAUGGACCAAGACUGGAGAUCUUACGUUGAGUGCUAACGAGCAUCUUCCAAACAUCAUUCUCAGUCCUCUCGUUGUCAUCACACACAUAACAGAGUAUCUCAAGUAUCUCGAUACUGCCACGGCAAAAUCAAGUUAUGGAUCUUCAAUUGAGACGUUAGGCUUCUGCAUCGGAUUUUUGAGUGCAUUAGCCGUCUCCAUUAGCAAAGACACAAAAGACAUUGAGAGAUAUGGAGCGAACGCGAUACGUCUGGCCAUGAUCAUCGGCGGAAUUGUGGAUGUACAGGAUGUCCUUGAUACUGAGGGGCCAUCCAAAUCUUUGGCCACGGCUUGGAACUCCGCCAAGGCAGCUGAAGAGCUAAAGGAAAUACUUUCUCGCUUUCCUGAGGCGUAUGUUUCGGUGUCAUAUGAUGACCAGCGUGCCACUAUUACCACCGCGUUCAAAUCAACAGAUGCCUUGCAAGCACGACUUCGAGAUGCUGGAAUUGUUGCAAAUGAGAUAGGAUUAUUUGGCAGAUUUCAUCAUCAGCAGUAUGCGGAAGAUGUUGACCCGAUUAUCAAUUUCAUAUCAUCUCGCCCAUUACUUCUCCUUCCGGAUGCCUCCAAUCUCAUUUACCAGACACGUUCUAACUCUGGUACCGGCUUGAUCACAAGUGGAAAACUUCAUGCUCAUGCCCUGAGGACAAUUCUUCUACAGCAUUCAAACUGGUAUCCAACCUUCAAAUCAAUUACCGAGUCACAGGUCAAGCACCAACGAAUAGCUGUGAUUGUAUUCGGUCCGGAGCCAUGUGUUCCGCCAUCAAUCCUACGCGAGAUCAAGCAAAAUGUUAUCCACGCAUCGGAUAUUCAGCCAGUUUCUGUUGAGCCACCUUCCGCGCUUCUACCUCAACAAUUCAAGGAUGAUGAUAUUGCUGUUGUUGGCAUGUCGCUAAAAGUUGCAGGAGCUGACGACACUGAUGAAUUUUGGGACUUAUUGUGUUCGGGAAAAUCCCAGCACAGAGAGGUGCCGCGGAAUCGCAUUAAAUUUGAUAAUGAGUGGCGUGAAGUCGACCCUAAGAGAAAGUACUACGGCAAUUUCCUCAAUGAUCACGACGUUUUCGAUCAGAAAUUCUUCAAAAAGAGUGCGAGAGAAGCCGCAUCGACUGAUCCCCAGCAAAGGAUACUUCUUCACGUGGCCUACCAGGCUCUGGAGCAGGCUGGAUAUUUUACCUCUCCGGACCAAGACAAGAAAAUUGGCUGUUUCAUUGGGGAAUGCGCUGCUGACUAUGCAGACAAUGUCGCAUGCCAUCAACCUAAUGCGUUUACCGCUACGGGAAAUUUGAAAAGUUUCAUUGCAGGAAAAGUCAGCCACUAUUUUGGUUGGACAGGCACAGGAUUAACACUUGACACUGCCUGCUCUUCGUCUUUAGUUGCUGUCCAUCUCGCUUGCAAGUCAAUUCUGAGUGGUGAGUGCAAUGCUGCAUUAGCAGGUGGAGUCAACAUGAUGAAUAGCGCUCUAUGGUUUCAAAAUCUUGCUGCAGCAUCCUUCCUAAGCCCUACCGGACAAUGUAAACCUUUCGAUGCAAAUGCGGAUGGUUAUUGUCGAGGAGAGGCGGUGGGUGUGGUUUUCUUAAAGAAAAUGUCAGCAGCUAUUGCCAACGGGGACCAGAUCAUUGGUACAAUAUCUAGCACGGGAGUGUCUCAAAAUCAAAAUUGCACUCCCAUUUUUGUGCCAAAUGCUCCUUCGUUGUCUUCUCUCUUCGAAAAUGUCAUUCAAAAUGCUCAAAUAGACCCUAAGAAGAUCUCCAUCGUGGAAGCUCAUGGCACUGGAACUCAGGUGGGUGACCCAGCAGAGUAUGACAGCAUCCGCAGGGUUCUUGGAGGAGCCAAUUUGCGCUCCAAACCACUUUCACUUGGGUCAGUCAAGGGUCUUGUUGGUCAUACGGAAGCAUCGUCGGGUGUCGUUUCAUUAAUCAAGACUCUACUUAUGAUCCAAAAUAAGACAAUUCCUCCACAAGCAAGCUACAAGUCGCCUAACCCUCAUCUCAAUGCGACACCGGAUGACAAGAUGCAGAUAAUUACCAAACAGACUACUUGGGAAGACGACUACAGAGCAGCUCUAAUUAAUAAUUACGGUGCAUCUGGUUCCAAUGCGUCUGCUGUCAUCACCGAAGCUCCUCGUCUUCCCAAAUCUGCGACGAGUUCACAUGAACUCCCAGUGGUCGAUUACCCUUUCCAUAUCUUUGGAAAAGACGACCGAGCAAUUCGUGACUACUGCGCAAAGCUUGUGAAAUCACUGGAAACCAAAGGUGUUGAGAGCCUGUCAAUUGCGAAUUUAUCCUUCAAUAUCUGCCGGCAAUCGAACCCGACUUUAGAUCGUGCAUUGGUGUUCACAAGUAGGUCAGUGAAGCAGUUAAUCGAGAAGCUGGAUGCGUUCCAAACCGGAGAUAUCAAUUUCGCUGGUACUGUUGUACAACCGAAAUCUCGGUCAGUUGUUCUUUGUUUUGGCGGACAGAUUUCUACUUAUGUGGGACUUAAUCGAGAAGUAUAUGAGAACGUGAAAGUCCUAGCUACUUAUCUCGACCAGUGCGACUAUGUCUGUCGAUCCUUGGGAUGCGAAAGUAUCUACCCUGGCAUCUUUCAACGGAGCCCAAUCGAUGACAUUGUCAAACUCCAGGCAAUGCUAUUCUCAAUCCAGUAUGCUUGCGGCAGGAGUUGGAUAGAUUCUGGCAUUCAGCCCGUUGCUAUAGUUGGGCACAGCUUUGGUGAAUUAACAUCACUUUGCAUCUCCGGUGUUCUUUCUCUGGAAGACACAUUAAAAAUGAUUGUUGGCCGUGCAACUAUCAUUAAAGAGAGCUGGGGAAGUGAAAAGGGAACUAUGAUGGCCAUUGAAGCCGACCAAAGGGAAGUCGAAAAACUUCUAGCUGAAACGCUCGCACCUUGUGAGGAAGCUGGUCAACGAGCGCCGACAAUUGCAUGCCUCAAUGGGCCACGGAGCUUCACUAUUGCUGGAUCGUCUCGAGCAAUCGAUAUCGCCAGCCAUACCAUUUCCAAGAAUCCAGCCUAUUCUAAGUUCCGGUACAAGAAACUUAAUGUCACCAAUGCAUUCCACUCCACAUUGGUUGAACCCUUGAUGUCUGACUUGGAACAGGUUGGGCAGACCUUACAAUUCAACUCGCCUUCAAUUCAUCUUGAAAGGGCAACUGAAUUUUACUCUGAGCGCUUAGGUCCAAAAUACGUCGCUGACCAUAUGCGUAACCCUGUAUUCUUCAACCAUGCCGUCCAAAGGAUUUCCAAAAAAUACCCAGACGCGAUUUUUGUGGAAGCUGGUUCCAACUCAACAAUUACCAAUAUGGCAAGUCGAGCGCUUGGGUCACCAUCUGGAUCCCACUUUCAACCCAUCCAUAUCACUACCGAUAAUGGAUUUCAGCUCCUAGUAAAUUCUACUGUGUCUCUAUGGAAAGAGGGUCUUAUAGCAUCAUUCUGGGCCCAUAGCAGGUUACAGACCUAUGAGUACAGCCCCAUGAUUUUGCCCGCAUAUCAAUUCGAGAAGUCGCGCCACUGGGUGGAGCCAGUACCUCCUCCAACCUCUUCCAAGCAAGAUUUAUAUGGUCAUAUUGAAAAGCCAAAGGGACUGUGGAGCUUCUUCGACUACAAGGAUGAGAAGAAGCGUGCUGCAAGAUUCCGUAUCAAUACAGAAACUGAAAGGUACAAGGAACUUGUUUCUGGACAUAUUAUUGCACAAACUGCCCCAAUCUGCCCAGCUACCGUCGAAGUUGACAUUGCCAUCGAAGCACUUAUUAGUCUCUAUCCUGAUUUUUCCUCAUCCGGUCUACAGCCUAGAAUUUGCAAUGUUGAUAAUCAGUCUCCUAUCUGCAUUGAUACUUCUCGUUCGGUUUGGUUGGACGUCGACUCGCAAAAUGUCAACCCUAACAGCUGGUCAUGGCAAAUCAUUAGUGACGCUGAAACUUCCAAGGCUAGCACAGUCCAUGUUACAGGUCAGAUAAAUUUCGUUUCGGUCGACAAUGCAGAAUGGCAAUUGGAAUUCUCCAGGUAUGAACGAUUGAUUGGUCAUAAACGCUGCGUCGGUCUCUUGAACAGUGACGAUGCAGAUGACAUUAUUCAAGGACGCAACAUUUACCGCUCAUUUGGAGAAGUAGUUGACUAUUCUGCUCCUUACAGAGGAUUACAGAAGCUGGUAGGAAAAGGAAACGAAUCUGCUGGACGUGUUGUCAAGAAGUUUUCUGGAGAGUCAUGGCUUGACGCAUUACUUUCCGAUUGUUUCAGCCAAGUCGGUGGAAUUUGGGUCAACUGUAUGACAGAGAAAGACCCUGGCGACAUGUACAUCGCUACAGGUUUUGAAAAAUGGAUGCGCAGUCCAGACGUCACAGGUGAUUACAAACGACCAAGUUCCUGGGACGUCUUUGCAUAUCAUCAAGAACUUCCCUCGGAGCAUUCGUAUCUUACUGACAUGUUUAUUUUCGACUCUACAAACGGAAAGCUUACUGAAGUCAUUCUUGGUGUCCACUACCACAAGGUCGCCAAAGCAACUAUGAGCAAGAUUCUCGCACGUCUUUCAGGAUUACCGAUAGCCCCAGCAUCCUCCGCGGCGAAACCAAGUGCCGAUGCUGGUGAAAGAUCUUCGCCGGCGGAGAGUGACACCUCUAACAGUGGAAGCAAAGACGAGAAAGGCAAGUCAGGUGAAACUCAAGAUAUCGUUACCAGGACUAAAGGCCUUCUUGCGGAGAUUUCUGGCAUGGGUGUCGAAGAGAUUUCAAACAAUGCGCAACUUGCUGAUAUUGGUAUCGAUUCCCUGAUGGGUAUGGAACUUGCUCGUGAGCUCGAAGGGCUGUUCAAAUGUAUACUUCCAAGCGAUGAACUAAUGAAUGUGACUGAUUUUGCUGGAUUGGUGCAAAUAAUCAAGAGCACCUUGGGCAUUGGUGACGAUGAGGAAGGGUCUGAUCAAGAAGGAUCCGACAGCAGCGGAAGCGAUUCUUCUUCCACAUUCACACCAUCUACCCCUGCAACCACUUCGCUAUCUGAUGUUGAGGACAAUGGGAAUGGCAAUCCUACCAGUAAGGUACAGUCAAACGUCUACACUGGUGACCUUCAGCUACCUUCUAGCACAAUCAUUGAGGCAUUCGAGGAAUCAAGGAAGCUCACAGACGAUUUCAUCGUCAAUUAUAGGUGUGCUGGUUAUAUGGAUACUAUUCUUCCCAGACAGACGCAACUUUGCGUUGCACUCACUGUUGAAGCAUUCGAGCAACUUGGUUGCCCCAUUCGUUCGGCCAAAGCCGGCGAUCAAUUAAUACGCAUAUCACAUGAUCCACAGCAUCAACGUCUUACCAAUUAUUUAUACAAGAUGUUGGAGGAAGAAGCACGGCUAAUUGACACUGAUGGUUCCAAGAUAACGCGCACGGCGAUUGCACCUCCAUCCAAAUCUAGCGAUGCUAUACUCGAUCAACUUUUACGAGACUUCCCAGAUCAUGAGUGGGCAAACAAGUUGACACACUUUGCUGGAAGCAGGCUUGCAGACGUUUUGAAGGGCGAUUGUGACGGUAUCAAGCUUAUAUUUGGAAGCGACGAGGGUAGACGACUUGUCACUGGCCUCUAUGGCGACUCUCUGCUGAAUAAGCUUGCAAACGUGCAAAUGCAGGACAUCAUUUCCAGAGUCGCUUCUAAAAUACCUACCGACCAAGGCCCUCUAAAGAUACUUGAGCUUGGUGCUGGUACUGGGGGUACUACCAAGGGAAUGGUUGCAUUACUCGCAAAAUUAGGGAUGCCUGUCGAGUACACAUUUACUGACCUUUCUGGCUCCUUCGUGGCCGCUGCUCGCAAAACCUUCAAGGAGUAUCCUUUCAUGAAAUAUAAAGUUCAUGAUAUCGAGAAGCCUCCAGUUGCAGAGCUAGUUGGUAGCCAACACAUAAUCAUCGCUAGCAAUGCGAUGCACGCAACUCAUAAUCUCGAGAUAUCUACAGCCAAUGUGCGAAAAGCUCUUCGGCCGGAUGGCUUCCUCAUGAUGCUUGAGAUGACAUCGCCAGUGUUCUGGGUUGAUCUUAUUUUCGGUCUUUUUGAGGGUUGGUGGCUAUUCGAUGAUGGUCGUGAACAUGCAAUUGCACAUCAGACUAUCUGGGAACGCAUUAUGCGCUCUGCUGGGUAUGGGCACAUUGAUUGGACAGACGGCAAUAGCCCAGAACUAAACAUUCAACGCGUCAUUAUCGCUCUCGCGUCCGGGCCUCAAUACGGCAGGCAGCCAGUAGCUCCUUUACCAAAGCCGGAAAAUCAGCUUCAGCCAGCUGCUGGUCGCAAGGCGGCGGUUGACGAAUAUAUUCGCAAGUAUACCGAAGGAUUCUGCCUUGGGCAGCCCAUCAAGGGGGCAACCUCUCCGAGUUCCUAUGAGAAAUGCGUCUUGAUCACUGGCGCAACGGGAAGUCUGGGCUCUCACCUCCUGGCACAUGUCACUGCGCUCCCUAACGUCAAAACCGUGGUUUGUCUCAAUAGACGCAGUGGCAAUGAUGCGAAUGCUCGGCAACAGAAGGCCUUAGAAGAUAGAGGGAUCUUGCUUGAUGCUGCAUCUCAGUCCAAGCUUCAAGUAUUCCAGGCAACGACGUCUAAGCCCAUGCUCGGUUUGGAGAACACCGAUUACGAAGAGCUUCUUGGGAAGGUAACACAUAUAGUCCAUAACGCCUGGCCAAUGACUGGGAAGCGUCCCUUAUCCGGAUUGGAAUCGCAAUUCCAAGUGAUGCGGAACCUGAUUGAUUUUGCGCGUGAUAUUUCUGCACGACGGCCAGAAGGAGCAAAGGUCACUUUGCAACUUAUCUCCUCCAUCGCAGUAGUUGGACAUUACCCGCUUUGGACCGGUAAUGUUGUGGUCCCCGAGGAAAGAAUGACACUUGAAUCUGUACUUCCAAAUGGCUAUGGUGACGCCAAAUUCGUGUGCGAAAGAAUGCUUGAUGAAACAUUGCACAAAUUCCCUGACCAAUUUCGUGUUAUGUCGGUACGCCCCGGACAAAUUGCCGGCUCAAAAGUGACAGGUUAUUGGAAUGCAAUGGAGCACCUGUCUUUCUUAUUCAAGUCAUCACAAACCCUCAAUGUCCUUCCAGACUUUGACGGUGACCUGUGUUGGACUCCAGUUGAUGAUGUCGCUGGCACAUGCAGUGACUUACUCAUUUCGGAGCGGCAACCAUAUCCAGUCUAUCACAUUGACAAUCCGGUGCGCCAGCCUUGGAGGGAGAUGAUCCCUCUACUUGCUGAAUUGCUUGACAUCCCUAGCAACAAUAUCGUUCCUUUCAAGGAAUGGGUACGUCGAGUACGUGCUUUCCCGGGUUCAGUUGAGUGGGAUAAUCCUGCUGCUUUACUUAUUGAUUUCUUGGAUGAUAAUUUUCUUCGCAUGUCAUGUGGCGGUCUUCUCUUGGGGACGACCAAAAGUUGCGAACAUUCGCCAACUCUUGCGGCCGUUGGGCCGGUAAGUGUUGAGGUGACUCAGAAAUAUAUUCAGUCUUGGAAAAAUUCCGGAUUCUUGCAUUAA